AUGAGAAUUGCCAAGCUUUACUGCAUUGCACUCUUCCUUGUCUUGGCCUUUGGCCUAAGUAGCUCUACAAGGGUACCCCAUGUGAGAAAGCACUAUUUGAAGUUCAUCAACAACCUUAGCAACAAAGUUCUCAACGUCAACUGCAAAAACCUUAACCCAUACAUUGAUCUGAACCUUCACAUUCUUCUUCCCGGCGAGGUUUACGAGUUCAACUAUGACAUAACACGAACCAUGAACUUCAGCUGUGAUCUAAGGCAUGGGUUUACAAGUACGGUUUUCUCCAUUGGUGACAAAGCUACCAAAAGAGCAUGCGGAGGAAACCAUUGCAUUUGGAAAUCACAAGAUGAUGGAGUUUACCUUCUUAACCGCAGAACCGAACAGUACAAGUUCAUGUACAAAUGGGGACAGUGA